GUUGGCUGUCGGCCGGGGAGGAGCCGCCAUUACUGAGUUCCGAGGGAAGCUAGAGGAAGGCGCAGGGUAUAUCCGCAGUGCUACCGCCGGCUGUGACCCGAUCUCCGCCGUUCAGUCUCUCCAGUCCCCGUGUUGUUGUCGCAGUAGGAGCAUGGCGUGCGGGGCGACGUUGAAGCGCUCGAUGGAGUUCGAGGCCCUGCUCAGCCCGCAGUCUCCCAAGCGCCGGCGGUGCGUCCCUCUCCCGGGCUCCCCGACCACCCCGACCGGCCAGCGGUGCGGACACCGGCCGGAGAACCAGCAGUCCCCGCCGGCCGCAAUGACCCAGAUGGCGACAGACCACAGGCUCACCCCAGGUAAAGGCCCAGCUCUCUGUAUAGCCUGACCGAGGCCGGAUAGAGAGAGGAGAGGAGAGGAGGGGGGUGUAAUGUGUUACCGGAUUAUUGGGGGGUGUAAUGGUGGCUGGAGGCUGUGCCAGGAGGGCUCCCUUAAUAGCCGGGACACACAGCUCUCCCUCCCUUACAUACUGUGGCUGCAUUACUAAUCCCAUGACGCUCUCAAGGCUGUCGACAAUGAUAGUGGGAGUUGUAGUCCGGCCUCCCCUGGGGAUCCAUCCGGGUGUUCAUACUGUGCAGCCAUUGUACUUUUAGUGUUUCCUUUGGCUGAGCAUCAUGGGAAACGUAGUGUAGAAGAGCUGCAGUACCGGAGGGCUCUGCCCAGAGAUCAGUAACACAAUGUAUUGGCCAAUAGAUGCUGUGCAGCCAGACAGAUGUGAGUGGCUGUGCUGUACACGCUGAUGGCUAUUGUCUGUCUUUGUGUCAGUCCAUUUAGAAUAGCUCUUUUUAUUUCUGGUCUGCCAGGGUGAGGUGAUUAAUGCCCAGCUAUUGUUUUGAUGAUGGGCCUCUAUUGGCUGCCUGCUACAUAUUUCUACUCUGACCCUCCCUUUGCAUAUUGCAAUCCUUCAACCCCCCCAAAUCCCUACUUCCUUUCAGCAUUUGCAGGUGGGAAGCCUGCAAUCAUCCUUUUCAUUUUUUUUUUUUUGUAUUUUCCACUUGAUUGCAGUGCACAGUUUACCCCUGAGCAAAACAUUUAAUACAUAUUAUCCACACACUAUGAUGAAUAACAUUUUGCAUUAACCGGGUAGGAUUCAACUGUAGUCCUCACCGCCUCUUCUUCCCCCCCCCCCCUUUUUUUUAAAUUUGGAAACCUUCACUUUCUUCAGGAAAUUUUUGUUUGUUUUUUCUGAUUCUCCACUUAUUCUCAGAACUACAGAAGUUACUGUAUCAUUUUAUGACACUAGAAUUUUAUUGCACCAACAGUAGGUUUAUUAUUAAAUACUAUUCAUAGACCACUAGACCGAUUUUUCUUGUGUUCAUAAUUGCAAUUGAGUUUUAAAUAUGUUAAGGAUUGCAUAAGUCACUGAUGGAUUGUAUGUACAUGUGGUUUAUGCACCAUACUUUAUUUGUGUAAUGUAUACAAUGAACAAAGCAUUGAACUAAAAAUCAAAUGAUAUGCUUUAUUGAUCUACAAUUUGCUUUACAAUGGCCCUGUUCUUCCUAGAUGUAUUUUAAACUGAUGUUCAAUUGUCCAAAUGUUGACCUUUAGUUUUAUGUGAAACAUAUUUGACUGUUCACAAAAUACUAUUUCCACUAUUUAAGCUAAAAUUGCAUUACUGUUUGGUUAGCUUUUAGCUAAUCAACACACUAUCUAGGUUUUAUAAAAUUAACAAACUCUAUUUUGCAUAUUUCAAAUAGAAAGGCAACUGAAUUCCUUUUAUCAGCUCACUCUAAGCACAAUAAGUUGUAUUGUUGCAAAGAGUAUGGUGAAGAGAGUUAAGAAGUUCUUAUAUCCCUUUCCAGAGUGGUGAAUAAUUAGCGCUGUUUGCAAAAGUUUCUACAGCUAUGAGACUAACCCCUCAGAUCAGACAUUAACAUCAAAGAAGGCAUUUUACUUCCUCUUUUGCAUUCCAAGAUGCAUCCAUAAUGCAAUGUGUUAAUUAGGGGGAGGGAGGGGGCAGUGUAUUAGAAUGGGGUGAGUGUAUUUGGGUCUGCAUGGAGAUGCUGAAUGUCUGUGCAGCCUUUUGCCACACAUGCUCAAUAGCCUCCCAAUGUUUUCCUAUGGGAAAGCAUUGGAUUGGCUGAGAUCAUAAGGCGAAGAACACACUUAUAGAACUUCAAAAUCAACAAGAUAAUGUGUUUUUUUUUUUUUUUUUACAGCUGUGCAAAAGCAUAUAUUUACCAUUUCAGUCCUAUUACCAACCCUUUCUUAAUAUGUCAAAGUAGUUGUCAAAUGCAUGUCUCCUUAAAAUAAAUUUGCUCUUUUGUUUACUUUUUUAAGCCCUAUGAGUGUGAGGACAUUCAGUGUCAGGCAUUUUUUUUAUACUAUAUUUUUCUAAAUAAACCUACAUUUCUAUGAAAACUUAAGUUUUUGGGUUUGUUUUUUUUUGCGGCCCACAUAAACUUUAACCUUGUUUAUUUGGCCUAUGUUAGCCUUUGAGUUUGACAUGCUUGCUGUAAAUCAAUACACAUACAUUUAAGGGACACUAUAGUCAUCAAAACAUCCUUGGCUUAAUGAAGCAGUUUUUGUGCAUAAAUCAUUCCUCUGAAGUUUCAUCACUCAAUUUACUACCAUUUAGAAGAUAAAUCACUUUGGUUUCUGUUUAUCCAACCCUAGCCACAGCUCCCUUGGCCUCUACAACCUGCAUUAAAACAAAAGGGUUUUACUUUCAAUCAGCUGUAACUUUAAAAGUUUUUAUAUCCUGCUCUAUACAUUUAACUUUUAUUGCAUACAGGAUCUAGCAAACUGCAGGGUCUUGGAAACUAUUAACAGAGCAGGAGGUAAGAAAUUACAACUUAAAGCAACACUGUCAUGGCCGAAUCCUCUUUUUUUUACCCCACCUCCCGACUCCACUACAUCUAAUUGUCACCCCAAAGCCCUCCAUCUUACCUAUUUGUGCAUCUUUAUUUCGUGCUCAGACCUAGGUCCUGGGCACCGCCGUCUUUGUGUGGGUAGAUGAAGUCCCUGUGCUCCCUGCCACUUUCUUAGCUCCCCCCCCCCCGUUCUCCCUCACUCAGUAGGACUCCCAUAAGAGCAUAAGAGAGAUUAAAAUCUCCCGAAUGCCUGUUCUCGCUAUGCUGUGAGUAGGGGCAUGCCUAUUGCCCCCACCCAUGAGUGGCGGGUGGGGGCUCUAAAUGAAAAUGCGGGGGGAGACACCUACUCUGUGUCCCCCCUGGCUCGCACCAUGAGCAAUCUGUGGGGCCCUAAAUGACAAUAGGGGGACCUAUUGUGUCCCCCCACCCAUGAGUGGGGGCCUUAAAAAGUAAUCCAUCUUCACCCAGCGAGGGCACCGUGUAGACUGAGCCACGCAGGGCUGGGAAAGGCUUAUAAAGCCUUCCCAUGCCCUGCAAUUUCACUUAGAGCACUCUGGUUUAUUCCAAGCCAACCAAUCAGUGCUCUGAUAGGUAAGUUUCUACAUUUACCUGUCACAGCACUCUGAUUUAACCAAUCAGAGUGCUGUGUCAUUUUACACAGUGUGAGAAAGUUCUUUGGAAUUUUCUCAUGCUGUGUAAUUUGACUCUUAACACCGUGAUUGGUUGCUUUUCAAAUUGUUCUCAUUCUGUUAGUGUAAUGGAUCACCUGGCACCCCGACUGGGUACCUCCAUUGAAGGAUGCUCCUAGCCCUUCCUGAGGGCUCCAAGCCCUCUAGCCAACACCAUAACCACUGUGAACUCCUUCAGAGAACAGGACAGGAACAAGCUCUUACAAGAGCUUAGCAGUGAAUAUAGCAAGAGAGUUUGCAGAGCAUAGCAAUCCCUUGUAGCAGAUUCCCCCAUUAAGGGAUGGUACUCCAAAUUGAGGGUGAAGUAGAACUGACUGUAAUGGCACAUACAGCCUCUUUUAUUCACAAUUUACAAACGUAGUACUGCCCACAGGGUUUUGAAAUACAACCAAUCAAUUCGUACAAUACACACACACUCACACACAAAAUCCUCCCCUCUGCCUGUGAUAUAAUUACUGAACACAAUGGUUAAUUAUCACAGGCAGAGAAAUACAGUUUUUACAAAAUAUUAAUAACUUUCAAAAUAUACAUGCCAUUCACGUAAAUUUUCAGAAUCGGCAUGCUUGAAAUAUACACAUACUCAAAAAUCAGGGCAAUCGGCUCAGGGGUUAAAAAGUUAAGGGAAAGUCCUAUUUGACCGACCGCAAGCACAUUUUCAUGCCCAAAAGAGUUCCAUAGAUUUGGGCUGUGCGGUCGGUCAAUUUCACCCCCAAAAAUUUCUAAAUCCCAUUCGAAUGCACGAACGGGGCCGUUCGUGCAAAUAACCCAGUCUAACAGUGCGUUCGAAUUGUCAAACGCACUUCGAUUCCAGUCGAAGUUCAUAAGAAGGUAAGGGUCAGGGGUGUUCGUGCAAAAGUGUAGCCGAUUUUAGUUCCAUAGAUUCAGUGGCACGCACCGUUCGACUAAAUAAAUUAAAAUGGCCGCUGCCACGUGUUCGUGUCCCGAAUGGCGGCCACUUCGACUGCAUCCAAAGUGCUAGUUUAAAAGUACACAUCCUUUCUCUGAGAGUUAAAGGGCCAGCAGCAGCACAAUAAAAAUCUAUUAUGCCCAAAUCAGUUCCUACAAGGGCAGUACAUCUCAGGGCCAUAGUCGGAGGGCAGGAGGCUGGCAAAUAGUCUUCUCCAAUGCCCAGUGGCGAGGCUGGUUCUGCCACAGUUAGGACCAAACUUGGUAGUUUCGCUGGCAUUCUGCCUAAAAUGACAGGACGUUUGUGAAUACUGACAGGAAGCAUCGCAAGAUAACGGAGGAAAGGUAAGAAUUGUGGGAAAAUUUUUGACCACAGGAAACGGAGCACACUGGUCAUAGAUGGUCAGGCGUAGGAAACCUCUAUAAGACAAAUAGUCCAUACUUUGUCUUAUGUUUUUAAAGAAAACUAGAGCAGACAGGAAGAAAUGAAGAACAGAUCCUGACAGAGGAAGAGGAAUCGAUUGGGGAAAGGUAAGUUCGGCAUGACAGUACAGCUUUAAACAGAAUUUGCAAUAAAGUAUAAACUUUAGAAGACUCUUUAGAGGAAGUGUUUAGGAAGGCUGUGUACAUCACAUGCCGGGAGAUGUGACUAGGGCUGCAUAAAUAGUUAUUUAAUGCCUAAAUGGCAGGUAAUUGAGCAGUGAAACUGCAGGGGCAUGAUCUGUACACCAAAACUGUCAUUAAUCUAAAGUUGUUUUGGUCACUAUAGUGUCCCUUUUUAAUUUAUGUUGACUUACUUUUCCUGAGCUGGACAAAACUGAAUUUUUAUUUUUUGUGUGCAUUUAUACAUGUAGUUUACAUCAAAUUAAAGCCCCUUCUAUGCUUUAAAAACUAUAUAUAGUAUGUGUUGGUGCAAUAAAUAAUUUUUUAAAAAUGCAAAUUGCGGUUGACCACUAACAGCAGAAAAAAGAGAAAAUUGCUCAUUUUAGAAGCUGCGUCGUUAAAGUGAACAUUUCAUGUGAUGUAUACAUACACACCAGUUUGGUUUUUUUGCUUUUCAAGUUCUAAUUUUGACAAAGAUCUAAAUCUGUAAAUAGGUUUGCAUAUUUCAUACAUAGGUUAUAACACUUAUUGCAGUUAAAGUGAUACUUUUCAUGUCAUUGGUAUCUUGUUUAAUAAUAAGCAGUCAGAAGAAUUUCAUGUGCUACAAGAUUAUGUUCUAAGCACAAAAAGUACUAAUUAAAAAGGUCUUGAAUGCCCCAAUGUGACAAAAUACCCUGAAGUUUUAUUGAGCACCAAACCAUAUUGGGGUAUUCCUCCUACCAUGCUUUUAUUGUACUGAUUCAUAUCAAUAUAUUUGAUAUCUACGUAAUCUGGUUACAGUAAACAACUUAUUCUUGUUUGAAAUAUUUUUUUUUUUUUCCCUCCUUCAGAACAAAUCUUUCAAAAUUUAAGGCAAGAAUAUACACGCUAUCAUAGGCGGAGGCAGUUAGUAGGAGCUUUCAAUCAUGUUGAAGCUGGGCCUUCAAGUGAGGUGCAAACAAGCUGUUCGACUCUCACAGCUCCAGCCUCUCCAGGUAAACUAAAACUGUUGUCUUUCAUCAUAUGUUAUACUGACCGUGAAUGUGUAAUGCCUUUUUAGUCUGUUGCCUGAAUACUGCAAUGCUUGUAUCAUCUUCGCUCUUGUUGUAAAGUCUUGCUUUGAUUGGGCAUCACUCCUGCCAUUCAAUUUUACAGGUUCGCUGGGAAAGAAGGACCAGCCAACCUUCAGCCUGCGACAAGUUGGAAUCCUCUGUGAACGCCUUCUAAAGGACCAUGAGGACAAAAUAAGGGAAGAAUACGAGCAGAUUCUUAACACAAAGCUAGAAGGUCAGUUCCAUAAACUGUAUCAAACUAUAUAAGCAUCCUGUGUUUAAACUUAACUUGUGAAGGGAUUCUGAGUGGGCAUAUGCGUUCAACAAAGAAUCACCUUUUUACCUCAUUUAAUUUUAAACAUUGAUUCCUUGGCGUUUGUUUGCAGUAUACAACAGCUUUGAAACGAGAUUCAAAGCCAGUGAACCACUCAUGGACAGCUGUUUUGUUAAUACAACUCAUCAGCAUGUGGUUGAUUACUGGCUUCCUAGUGAGGCUUGUCGUUCCUUGCGAAGCACAAACCUAGAAAGUUAUGGUGUAUAAACUACAUUCUCUUGGGAUAAAUGCUUGAUUUUCUGAAAGUCCUACUCCCCCAUUUACAGGAACAGUCAUGCUGUAGCAGUUGUACUGCCAGGAGUGCCCUGCUGCAGCCUUAUUGUAAGUAGUCAAACUGUUUUAGAACAUCUUAUCUGGGCUCCACCAAUUCUUUCGGAGAGGCAGAAGCUCCUAAGCAGGAGUUUUUGUUUGCUCAUUUGAGCUGAGCCUUGCACUGCCAGACUUGGCUCAUAUAGAAAGCUUCUGGCUCUCAGCCUGAAGUGGUGGAGGCGGACAGUGCUACCUGGGAAACGUCAUUUAAGCUGUCAAACAUUUCUACAGUGGUUUGAAUUCUAACUGGGGGAGGCAGUACAGGCAUUCCUGGCACCUUAACCAGUACAGGCUGAUCAAGUUGUGAUGGUGCUUGGCGUAUGUCUUUAAACAUUCAGCUUGCUAGCCAGAUCUCCUCAAAAAAAAAAAUUAAAACUCCUUUUAAUCCUCAUUGAUAAAGGAGAGAGAGAGAGGUUUUUUAUUUAUUUUUUAAGAUUGUGACUGAGACGUGGUCGUGGGAGGUGUAUUGGAUCAAUGCUGAUGUAUUUUAUACCUUUACUGGCACUUCAUCAUUGUUUCUUGACGCAGCUAUAUUCUGUUUCACCUAAUUGCUACCCGAAAAGCUGGAUGUUAUGACCGUGUUAGCUGGCAGAGAUAGUCUCUAAAAGUAUAGUUAAAUCUUAGAGAUGCACUUUUGUUACAUUAUUCACUAAAUUAGGGAUGGCAUCUCAUUGCUUUUGGGAGAAAAUCGAUGGAAGAUCCUAAGCUCCUAUGAGAAUGCACAUGCUGACAAGUCACUUUGGCGAAUGGGCAGUUAGUACAUGUAAAAUGUCAUGUACCAUACAUAAAAUAAACUAAUAAACCUAAAGGAGACUUCAUCGAGGAGGAAAGGGUGAGAACACCGAGCAAGCAUGAAUAUAUGUAGACCAGUUCAAGCCUGUCAAAUUGUAAUCUAGUCACAUUAAAUAUCCCACACUUUAUGGAACAAAGAUAGUGUUAAUUUAUCCUUGAAAUUUUUUAUUUUUUUUUGCUGUCUUUAGCCAAAUAUGGGGUGAGUGUCUUUAAAGCGGUUCUGUUAACACCCAGUAAUCAGAUCCCCAGUGGCCAUGUCACUGUUGGAUGUAUUUGCAAAUUAUGCAGGGUUCCCAGACUGCUACAGUUCUGCUUUAGGGAAAUUGGUUGCAGGGUAAUAUUUAAACAAACACAUUUUUAUUUUUUGUUUACUGGUUGAGAGGUUUUGAUUGGUUAUGACAACCGGCAGGUCCAUGAGUCCAGAUUGAUAGCAGCCGUACCACUUUUUAACACUGAUUUUAUGUUAAAAAAAAAAAAAAAAAAUACAUUUUUAUAAAUAUAUAUAUGUAAUCCAGCGCACACGCUGAUUCACUAAACAGCAAUUUCACGUUUCUUUUUCUUUAUCAGAAUUUUGAUGUGUAAUUACCAUGAAUACAUCUGCUUGAAAUAAUCAUGUGUUUUUGUCAUGCAUGUUUGAUUUGCUCUCACUUUUGUUGUAGAACAAUAUGAAUCCUUUGUGAAAUUCACACAUGACCAAAUAAUGCGACGAUAUGGGGCAAGGCCUGCAAGCUGUAAGUAACAUACAUAUGUGCAUAAAAUUGCAAUGGUCUUGAAUAGUCCUUGAUAGUGUUAUAUUGAGCUUUACUUUUUAUUUAUUAUUUAACAUUCCAGUGUUUGCAUUCUUUUGACUCAAAUCCAGAAUUUGUAUUUCUGGCCCUAGGAUAUAACCCCAUCCUGCCCAUUCUAUUUCUUUCUUCUUUAUAUAUAUAAAAAAAAAUCUAUCUCUCUUUUUUUACAUUUUGUUCUAUGUAUUUUAAUUCUCUUCUUCACUUUAACGCUCUACCUUCCCAUUUAUUCCAACCCUAAUGAAAUCCUGCAUUUCAUUUUCCUGAAAUAGUCACCAGAAAAAAAGCAAUGCAAUGUAUCUCUAGGUAAAGAAUGCAUUUCCUUUUAUUUCUUAAAGGGACACUAGAGACACCCAGACCACUCUUAUUGCAGUGGUCUGGAUGCUCUACCCCUGUCCGUUUAAUCCUGCAAUGAUAAUUAUUGCACUUACUGAGAAACUGCAAUAAUUACAUAUCAGGGUUAACGCCAUCUCUACCAGACCGCUAGAAGACGCGCUUCGAGACUUUAGGCAACUUUUGGUAGCCUAACUGAUGCUGGAUGCCCUACCACAAUGCCUGAGGAUAUCCAAUUUUGGUUAGAACCCCAUAGGAAAUUCUCUGUGCUUUCCUAUGGAUUAUCCUAAUGCGAUCACGCCGCUUGCCGUGCUUGCAAACUAGGUCCCCGAUGUGGGACAAGGAACGAAGGGGGAGCCUGACCCAGCAGAUUCAGUGUAGUAGGGUUCCUCAACACUCUCCUCAAGGCACACUUUACAGUCCAGUAUUUAGGGAUUACCUGGAUGUAUCUAAGGUAUUUAAAAAAAAUAAAUAAAAAAAACUCCUUGGAAUCUAAGGUGGUUUUUUCUAAACACCCGUGUAAUCACUAAAUCAUGGACUGUUAGGUGUGCUUUGAGGAGCACUGCAGUUAAGUGACAUAAGGGUUUUUAAAGGUAUAUAAAUUAGGCCAAACAAAUUAUUGGAAAAUUCCUGGCUUGCAAUCACACUUUGUCCUACAGGCUUCAGUUGGUGGUAGGUAUAUGUAACAAAACAGAAAAUGACUAAUGAUAGUGCAGAAGGAUUUGUUUAUUCACACUUAAUAGUGUUAUAGCCCAGCUCUCUGUUAAACCGCGUUCAGUGGUAUAAUCCCCACUCAUGGAUUUGCAGCUUUAGGAAGUCCGUCUGACAGCAUCCAAAUGGGGAGAGAGAUAUAUAGAUGAUAUUUUUCAUUAAAAAAAAAUAAAAAUCAAACAAUAGUACUUGCUGUGUUAGAACCAAAAUCAGGUAAAAGUAAAUUGUAGUCUUAUGCACAUUUUGAAGAACAGUGACACCGUUCAGAUAGUACCACUUGUGUGUUAUGAUCCCCACCAGGAAUAUAAUGUAAAGGAGUUGCUCCAGAAAACAGUUCAGGAGUAGAGUAGAUACUUCAGGAGUAAACAUGUGCCAGGAACAGUAAAAAUAAUAUAUAAAAAAAGCAAAAAAAUUUAAUAGCCAAAUAUACUUUUAAUGUUAAAACCAUGUUAAAUGUUAAAACAAUAUUAAACUAAACACAAAGCAUUUAGCAAAACUGUUUUUUUUUUUUUUUUUUUUCUCUUCAGGUGCAAACUGUUUAUUUUAAUGGUUUUAAGCAUUGAAGUAUAUCUUUUUCCUUCCUUCCCCGUAUCCCCUUUUUGUUAUGUAUUGUUUUGUUCUCUCUGCAGUAAAGGGUUUUUAGGGUACCCUUUACAUUUAGUGUUUGCAUUUUUAGUGUUACAUUUUUGCUUAUAUUAGUUGAUUCCAUAGCACUUAUCCAAACCUUUGUGAUUAUUAUAAAGGUUUUUAGCACUUUCAUCAUCAUGGGGGGGUGGGGGGAGGAGUGAGUGAGAGGGGCACUAUAGGCUAAGGAUACAAUUUGUUUUUUAUUCCUAGCCUACAGUUUCCCUUUAACUCGUAGUUGUAAAAUAUGAUUGAAAAGAAUUACAUUUAAUAUGUUGUUUCUUUCCAGAUGUAUCCUGAAGAUUCCUUUUGCUGGGUUGCCAUUUGUGACUUCAUAUUGCCACCUGCGUGUUGCCACUGUUUUAUUUUUAACUUUUUUUUUUUUUUUUUGUCAUCCAGAGAAUUUUAAUGGCUUACCCUUCAAUUCUAUUAAAAAAGCGCAAAAGAAGACUUAAAUAAAACUUCCAACUGCUUACAUGGACUUUUUUGGGGGGUGUUUUUCCGCAGCCUUUUAAAUUACUUCAUCUGGCCACAUACUUCCCUUAAUAGCAUUGAAAACAUGGACAAUUUACUUUUGAGUGAUAAUUCUCCUUUAUUUUGCAGAUACUUUUGACUGUGUUUGAUGCACUACGUUAUGAUUAAAUCAUAUUUGGGUCAGGUAUACCCUAUUAAAAACACAUUAAGGAUGAUGCAGGUUAUUAAAGGGACAUUCCAUUGCCCAGGUACCAAAAGAGAAUUAAAAAAAAAUAUAUAUUCAUCCAGUGAAAUGUGCAUUCCUUUUAUUAUGCCUUUUUCUCAUUGGUGUGAAUCUAAAAACCGCUUGCAAAAGACUCCGAUCUCAUGUUUUCAGCCUCUGCAAGCCUUCUAACCAAACUCAGACAUUCUGUGGCUGUCCAAUCACUGACUUGCCAAUACAGCUCAAUGAGAAGUCUUUGAACGGCAGGUACUCUGGGUAUUUACAUGCCUCUUGAGUUUAGCUCCACUGCGCUUAACAACCAGGAGGUAACAGGACCUGUUGCCUGAUUGACAGCCAGUAGAAUAUCAAAGGUUAAUUUACAAAAUUGCCCAUUUCUAUUGAAAUCUGCAUUUUGUAAAAUGAAGACACUCUCUCUGCACAUAAAGCAUUCCAGCAAGUUAAUGUGUUUGGAGUGAACCUUUUAAUUGAGUAUAGUAGUGAUGAUGUAAUUUUAUUGCUGUACACGUAAACAUACCUACUUGCUCUCAAAUCUGUGUAAAACUGUAUACACCUCUUUGUUAUAGAAACAGAUUUAUACAAAGCGUGUCCUUUAAAACCUAUUGGGGUAAACUUUAAUAUAUAUAAUUUUUUUUUUAAUUUUUUUUAUCAACCUGGAGUGUUGCAUGUCUAACUUGUUAGGUAGGAGAGAUUGAUAUAGUGUAAGUGUUCAUUCUGGGACAUACUUUUAAGAAGUUAUAAAAAGCAUAGGGACCUCUGCCUCAAUUGUACAAUUUUUUUUUUUUUUUUUUUUUUUUUUUUUUUUUGUAAUGUUGACAUAAUUAAAUCAGCCUAUUUUACAAAGUAUGAUUUCCAUUUCCCAGUUCUUUUUAUGCAGACAAGCCCAAUUCUAAAAGGAAAACUAUUCUAUUCAGAGUCAAUUUACUUAUUUAAUAUGUAUAUGAUUGGUAACACUCCUUAUGUAAUAUUUUGUUGCUUUGUAAUUUGUCAUAUGUCACACCUCACCUUCCAAAUAAAUGAUCUUAAUAAAUACAAUACCCAUGAAAUAAGUUAUAAUCUUUUAAAACUAUAUAUAUCUUAUGAUCUACAUAUUUGCUGUUGUGCAUAUGUAUUCUAGAAGAGAUUGUUAUAUAUAAUUUUUUUUUCCACUCACUAUAUUAAACGUUGCUGGUUUUUCUUUUUUGAAACUGCUAGUUUCAUGACAAUUUUUCAUCUAGCCAUGUAAAUUGGUAUAGUCACUUAAAUCAUGCCCAAUUAACGUUAAGAAUUAAUACAAUGUAAGCUAUAUUGGUGACAUCUAAAAAUGUUCUGUGCUAUUGUUUAAUGGUAAAAAUUCUAUUAGUCUUUACUCCAUCAGGAUGCUGAGUCCACAGAGAAUUCCCCUGCCAUGCUGAAAAAAAUGCAGAAUUUUUGUUUAAAGGACCACUAUAGUGCCAGGAGAAAAUACUUGUUUUCCUGGCACUAUAAUGCCCUGAAGGUGCCCCCACCCUCAGGGUCCCCCUCCUGCUGGGCUGGAUGGAGAGGAAGGGGUUAAAUUUUACUUUUUCCACCACCGGGCUCUCCUCCUCCUUUCCCUGUUAUCGGCUGCAUGCGUGUCAAGAGCCGCACGUGCAUUCAGCCAGUCUCAGGAAAACAUUCUCAAUGCUUUCCUAUAGACGCUGGCGUCUUCACUGAAAAUCAGUGAAAAGCGCAGAAGCGCCUCUAGUGGCUGUCAAUGAGACAGUCACCAGAGGCUGGAAUAACCCUAAUGUAAACAUGGCAGUUUCUCUGAAACUGUUAUGUUUACAGCAGAAAGGGUUAAUCCUAGGUGGACCUGGCACGCAGACCACUUCAUUAUUAUUUAUAUAGUGCCAUCACAUGCUGUAGUGCUGUACAUUAAGCUGGUCUGGUUGCCUAUAGUGGUCCUUUAUAUUCAAUACGUACACAUUCUGGGAUUGUCACUCCUCAACAGAUUUUAACAUUAAGAGUAAUAAAGUGGAAUAUUCGUAGAGCUCAAUGUAAAAUUGCAACAGUAGAGGAAAAGAGCAUUUUCUUUUUAUUUAACUUUUUUCUUCUCUACGUUUCCUUCCAUUUACCAAUGUUUUAAAUACUGUUUUGUUUUCCCCAAUAGAGGAUCUUUACAUUAUAUUUUAUAUAUUGAAGUGCAAAUAAAAGUUCUCCGUCCGGGUUAGGGAAAAAGUAAAACCCCACUAUGUUUUGACAGCCUUUAGAAUUGCAAUGCAUCAUGGAAGUUGCAGACAUCUACCCGACCUAUGUUAUUUGGUUAAUGUGCAUUUAGAAUUCAUUCAACCUAUUUGUAUUCCACCAAGUAUAGUCAUCUUUGAAAUUUCCAAGGAAUUUGUAUUGUUCAGGUCUGUAGAUAAUAGCUGGUUUUUGGUAUCUGGAUGAUGUGACUGGGAGGUAGAUGGUAAUACACAUAUCUCUAAACUUAGACAAGUGUUUAACACAUCUGCUGAUACUGAAUGUUGUAUGAUCUAGAUUCAAAUCUUAUAGCCAUUACUAACAGUGCAUGUGUUAACACACUGGUUGUAUACAUGAUGAUUAACCCUAAAACUGGUUAUAAAAGUAUGUAGUCUACGUGGAUUUUAGAACACUUUGAUAUACCAAUCAAACCUAUACCUCUUUAUUUUUACAAUGAAAUGACUGCUUUGAAACAUAUACUUGUGAUUAUUAUUGAAUGCAUAACGGACAUCUGCGUUAAUUGGUAUAAUUAUGUUUAAUCUAUAUGUGCAUUUGUUGCAUUACUCAUUUGACAAUGAUUCGAUUCGUCCAGAACCCAAAAAAGUUUGACUGCUUUGUGAUUUGAGUUACUUUGCCGCUGGGCAAAAUGUUUCUCCAAAUUAAUUGAUUCAUUUAUAGACAAAUGCAAUGAAUACAUAUUUAUACUAUUUAAUUCCUUUCUGGGAUGCCUGUCAGAAAUAUUAGAUCCCUCAGAAUGAAAGUAACCAUGUUCUAGUAACACAAAUCAAUCAACAACUAGCUAAAAUGCCCCCCCCCCCCUUCCUUGCCAGUUUCUUCUUGGCCUGUAGAUAAGGUAUCUUUUUAAUCAGGAAGUCCUAAACUGUACUAGAUUGGAUUUGGAAAAUUCAGCUUUCUUUUCCACAACUUUCUAUAACGCAUGAGCCGUCUGUAUUCUGAAUGUUUUCAAUGAUUUUGAAUUCUGAAUGUGUACACCUUGUGUUUCAAUAAAUAAAACUAAAUUUUGUAUUCUGUACAUGUUUAGAACAUGUCAAAUAUUUUUCGGGCUGCUUGUUUUCAGAACCCUCUAAUAUACAAAUACAUUUGACAUGUAGUACAGCCAAGCCCCUAAAAAUAAUUUAAAAUCUAUAUUGUUUCAACAAAAGUUUUAAACAUAUUAAUAGUUUUGGCAUUUAAUAUAUAGCAUAGAGAAACAAUAUCACAAUUUGUGAUGCCAGAUAACCGAGUAAUGCGAAAAACAAAAGCCAGAAUAUGUAAAUAUACUUAAGCGUGGAAAGCUAUUAUCUUUGGAACUUUUUUUUUUUUUUUCUCCUGUAAACUAUAUAACCAGUGGUUGGAAUUUUUUCUUUUUUCUCUUAAUAUACCUUUUUUAUCUAGGCUGAGUAAAAUUGUGAAUGUGUGCCAGUUAUGAAUGUAGAGUGUUGAAAAGCAACGCUUUGCCGAAUCAGAGAUGAUAUUAAUGUGUGUGUAUAUGCCUUUCACAAUCCGUUAAAAUUUUUAUUGGAUAAGUAUGGACACUUUGUUUCUGUCUCCACAUAUUGAUACCUUAUUAAUGAAUGUUUGCCUCACCUAACCAAAAACGCAAACCUUACUUUGUAAAAAAAAAAAAAAAAAAAUGUAUGUAGUGUAAGCAAAUCUUAGUUGCAAACUAAUAAAAUACUUAAGAG